AUGUCACACCUCACCGGCGACCCAAAACGUCACGACCUCUCCACCUUCAAAGACUCACUAAGCGGCAACUGCCUCUGCGGCAGCAUCACCGUAACCAUCCAUGACAACGAGCUCUUCACGAAACCACGCGGCCACCUCUGCCACUGCGCAAACUGCCGAAAAGUGUCUGGCUCAGUGGUCUCCGCCAACCUAAUCAUGGAAGAAGAAAAAGUAGAUAUCAACGACAGAGACGGCACGAUGAAGGUGUAUGAGGAUAAAGCCACCAACAGUGGUAAUCCCGUAUACCGGUAUUUUUGCAGUGUGGAUGGAAAUCCUGUCAUGUCAAAGGUUGAUGCGUUGCCUGGCAAAGCGAUCAUUAAGCUGGGAAUGAUGCCUGUGAUUCCUACGCCCGAGAUGGAGAGUUUUGCUGCGCACAAGCAUACUUGGUUCAAGAAGCCUGAGGGCGUGAAGUCGUAUAAGAUUCUCCGUACUGGAGAGUUGAUGGAUGAU